AUGAGUUGGAAUUCAGGUUCCAGAAAGGGAUCAGGAGGUGUUCUAGUGUGUAAGACUUGUAGCAUAAAGCAUCGGGGACAGUGCAGGGUAGCUCAGGGGAAUGUGUGCUAUCAUUGUGGGCAGUCAGGUCAUGUGCAGAAAGAUUGUCCACGUAGAUCUACAGUUGCAUUGAGUCAGAGGAUUGUUUGUUAUCGUUGUGGCUACCCAGGUCACAAGUCUAAUGUGUGUACCCAGCCAACAUCAGUGGAUGGAUCAAAGAUUGGAGGAUCAAGUCAAAUGCCAACCUUGAGAUCAGCCACUACCAGGGGGCAAGGAGCAACUCAGCGACCUUCCACUACUGACAGACCUCAAGUAGUGGGUAAAGUAUUUAAACUAACAACGGCAGAAGCUAAGAGAGGCAAUGAGACAGUGCAAGGCUCUACGCACUCCUUCAUCGCAUCACAUGUUUUGCAUCUAGUCCCUAUUGUUAGUUUCCCUCUAUCAUUUGUUUUGUCUAUCACAACACCAAGCAGUAGUAUGUUACUAGGGGAUGUAGUGAUGAAAGACCGUGAGAUUGUGGUUCAUGAUCGAGUAUUGCUAGGGGAUUUUGUGGUGCUAGCUAUUCAAGAUUUUGAUCUUUUGUUAGGCAUGGACUGGCUAUUUCGCCAUUAUGCUAAGUUAGAGAUUGUAUACAGGGGAGUUAAGCUGAUUGUGGCAACGCCGAUGAUCUCAGUGAUGCGAGCAGAGAAGCUAAUUCGACAAGGGAGUGAGGCAUACUUAGUUUUUGUGACAGUUACUCCUAUGGAGAGGAAGGAGUUGGUUGACUUUCCUAUUUUUUGGGAUUUCCCUGACAUGUUUCCUGAUGAAUUACCUGGUUUGCCACCUCACUGGGAGAUUGAUUUUACUAUUGAGUUGUUGUCAGACACGUAG